AUGAUUCGUCUCACACACAGUAAAUCAGUGGCAUGCUUUUCCGGAGCCUUGUGGGGACCUAUACAUGAAAGGCCUAUCGUCGACAGAGUUAUGUCAACAUCUUAAUGGCCAGUGCCAUACUAUCAAAGAAUUUUCAAAGCCUAUCCAGUUAGAUAAAAUAAAUAAACUUGGGCAAUGAAUUUAGCUGGAGCCGAGAUUCACGAUAUUAAUUGGUAUUGUGCUAAGCAAGCUUUGAGUAGAACUCUUAAGGGAAGAUAAGCUGUUGAAUAUGUCGAAAACAAUAUCCCAACAUAAAGUUAUAUUGUCAUUCAAAAAGAUGUAUCUAGAAUGGCAAAAGCAUAUGUAAGUGAUUUAAGUCUUUUCCUUAGUGUGGCUAAUAAAGAAAGCAAAGUCAUUUUGGACUCAGUCGAAUUGAUUUGAGGAAUAGUCAAAUAAUCAAAUAUUUAUAAUUAUGCAUCAAUUUGCAAUGUUA